AUGCCGGGUCAACAAACAUCACUGCCUAUUAUUGAUGUAAGUCCAUUGCUUAUAACUGAUUCAAGUGCUAGUAGUCAAGAAGAAACUGCUAGACAAAUUCAUCAAGCAUGUCGUGAUUGGGGAUUUUUUUAUGUUAAAAAUCAUGGUAUACCAAUGAAAUUACAAGAAGAAUUAAUUGACUUUAGUCGAGAAUUUUUUGCACAACCUUUAGAAAACAAAAUGAAAAUAGCAAUGAGUAAAGGUGGCCGAGCAUGGCGUGGUUAUUUUCCAGUUGGUAAUGAAUUAACAAGUGGAAAACCAGAUGGUAAAGAAGGUCUUUAUUUUGGUACAGAAAUUGAUGAUGAUAAUCAUUCAAAAGUUCUCAAUAAAAUACCUUUACAUGGACGUAAUCAAUUUCCAUCAAUUGGUAAAAAUGAUGAUGAAUUUCGUCAUGUUAUAUUAACUUAUAUGAUAGCUGUUGAAAAUCUUGGUCGUUUAAUCAUGUCUGGUAUUGCACGUUCACUUAAAUUAGAUGUAGAUUUUUUUGAUAAAAAUUAUUUUCGUAAUGAACCAACUUGUCUUUUUCGUAUAUUUAAUUAUCCAGCUUCAUUCUGUCAACAACAAGGAAAUGAAAAUUUAUGGGGUGUUGGUGAACAUACUGAUUAUGGUAUGUUAACCAUUUUAUUACAAGAUGAUAUUGGAGGUUUACAAGUCAAAACGAGUAAAAAUGAAUGGAUACAAGCACCAUCAAUAGCAAAUACAUUUGUAUGUAAUAUUGGUGAUAUGCUUGAACGAAUGUCAGGUGGAUAUUAUAGAUCAACACCACAUCGUGUACGUAAUUUAUCAACAACACGUGACCGAUUAUCAUUUCCAUUUUUUCUCGAUCCAAAUUGGGAUGCUGAAGUAUUACCAGUACCUAUGGAAGGGGUAACAGAUACUAAUGCUAAUGAUGAUGAUGCUGAAGAUCGAUGGGAUAAAACAAGUGUGCAUACAUUUCAUGGAACAUAUGGUGACUAUUUAUUAGAAAAAGUUAGUCGAGUAUUUCCAGAUCUUGCUCAAGAACAAACUAUUAUUGGACCAAAUUCAUAUUAA